AUGCCGGAAAACCGAACAUCGGCAGCUGUGGAUGCGCUUCUGGAGACGCUUUUACCUGCCGGCCGUACAUGUACGCCACCUUCUCUCUCGCGUUACCCUCUGGAAAAAGAAGGCGCGUCGCGGACGUCUGUGGAGGACUCCGAAUUUUUGAUAUCUGGAGCUGCAUCAAAGGAUCUAGUUGAAGAAGGCAAGGGCGCUGCGCCUGUGGAGGCCUUGUCAAGUGUACAGACACCUGAACCGAAGCCAGAGGAAGAACCGAGCGGCGACCCGUUCGCUGGUUCGCCGUCGAAUCUCGUGGAUUCUAACGGAGCAGGGAAGCCCGUCACAAGAUUUUCUGUUCUCGAGACAACCUCUCGUCAGUCCACUGCAGGCAGUCCUGUGGAAGUCGUCCGCUGUCCCGCCGCCUGCAGGCCGCAUUCUGUCACCGCUUCGUCGUGCUCUGACGCUGUUUCCGGAACGGCUGAGGACGGAACUCCCUUUUCUCUCGCUUCCCAAAUGGAGAGUCUGGAAGAAGUGAACUGUGCAGAGGUCCCUGCGGCGCCUGCGCCCCCCGCAGGCAACGCGUCGGGCGGGCCAGGCCCUGGAGAUGAUGACGGCGCGCUCGGAGAGGCCAGCCUUCAGGCUUCCGCUCUGCCGACCUCUGUUGGCGGCUCCGAAGAGGCGUUCGGCGUGGCUGCGUGGAGACAGAACGCCAGCGACAGAGACACCGCGGGCACACACUCGGCGGGCGAGAAGGAGGCGAUGAAGGAGGAGAAAGGUGAAGACAUGCAGGGGGAGAGAGUUGACGAGAACGGAGACCCGAGUGGACCGGUGAAACGGCGGAAAAAAGAAGACGAAGACGGUCGAUUUUCUCUCAGUUCGUCCACGUUCCCCGCGCCGUCUUUGCCCGCGAAGGCCUCACCUUCGCCUUCGCAGCUAAAUUCCGUGCAGAACGCGUCUUCGUCCCAGCAUCCGCCCUUCGAACAAGGAUCCGCUUGCCACGCCUCAGGUUGGACCUCCUCCUCGGGGCCUCUCCACGACGAAGAACAAACUGACCAAGGCAGCGACGCUCUCGCUGCUUCUCUCUCGUCGGGUCAGUCGUGUCCAGGGCCUGCGCGAGGCGCCGCAAUGGGCGGGCCAGGCCGCGUUCCCGUCGCGGGCGAAAAGUAUGCUCAGUGGCUAGAUGCAAUCUACACAGUCUGCCUCAAAAUCGACGACCUGUGUGCGAAGCUGGACCCCGACUUCCCGAACGCGAUGGCCCUCUGGGAGCAGAGAGGCCCAGGCAUCGACGGCGCACGGUCUCUCUUCAUGAACGGCGGAUGCCCUCUUGGUGGCUACGGCGCGGGAGGUAUCGAUCCGUCUCAGCGCGCAUUCGACGGGGUGGGUCCGGGCGACGUGUCCCCGCCGUUUGGCGGCAUCGACGACUACUCUGGUGCGGGCGCUUCCCAGUGCUCGGGGCCCUACGCGUUGGGGGCGAGCGGCGCGCCGUCUCACGCUUUGUCGAUGCCGGGCUCUGGGUGGCCCGGCCCUGGGAGCUUGAAAAAGCGUGGACGGAAGGACCGUCCACCUGCAGGUCGCCAGGGCGCAGGCGCGACGUCUCCGUCGUCGCUUUCUUCGCUCUUUGGGCCCCGCGCCUCCGGUCUGUUGCCUCUCUCGAAUCCGGGCCAGACUCCCCACAUGGGCGGGAACGGCCCGGCCUCGAGCCUGCUCCAGCUUCAAGGCCGCGACGGGAACGGGCAGUUGGGCGUAUCCUUGUCCAACGACAUGUUUGGUUUGCCGGCGCAGCGGGGGCAUCUCGGCAGUGGAGGCGUGACCAACUCCGCUGGCCUCGGCGCAGGCGGUGGCCGCAAUUCCAUGGGCUCGCAUGCAGGCAUGCUGGGCAACGCGGGGGCGGGAGGCAGUUCCCACGCCUCGCACUUCCCUUCCCAUGUGUCCUCGCAGCUUCUCAGCCCGUCCGGAGGGCGAGAGCGCGCCGACCCGGUGCCAGCCUCUGCCCCCGAGAGCGAGUACGAGUACCUCCUCCACUUGCCUGAGCAGGAGGGUCCGAAUCCGGAGAAUGCCACGGAUCUCAAGUGCGACGUCGCCGGGGUGUACUGGGACAAACGGUCGUGGAUCGCCUCCUGGUACGAAGGCGGAAAGCGCUACUACAAGUCGUUCUCUGCCAAAACGCACGGCUUCUACAGAAGCAAAUACUGGGCGAUCAAAGUGCGUCUCAGCAAGGUGCAAAACAGCAAUCUGCUAGUCAACAAAGGCUCAAAAAACAAAGACCGGGGUGGAGCAAGCAACGCAGCGGCCCACGCGGCGGUGAAUGCGGGGUAUGGCGGCAGAAAUCAAACCGACGAUGCCAGUGGAUAUCGGUAG